GCUCGGCGAUGUCGACGGCGCCAAAGAGUGGGUUGAGAAGAUGGAAGUGCUUGGUAUGCCCUGCAACGUCGUGAGCUGGAAUGCGCUUCUCAAAGCUUGCCGUGACGAUGAGAGCUCAGCGGAGGAGGUCUUCCGAAAAAUGGUACUGGAGCGUGGAGUGCAACCGGAUUGCAUCACAAUGACGACGCUUGUCGGAGUCCUCGGUAAAGGUCGCGCCAAAGAGCUGUGUGAGGAAUCGGGAGUGGACUACGACAGCCUCAUCCGAUCGAACUUGAUCAACCGCGAGGUGAAGCGUGCAGAUGUCCAUGGCCAGCUGUCCGAGCAAUUCCGACGCUUCUCUCGCUUUGCUGAGAGAAAUGCACGGGCGAAGCAUUACGUGCCCUGGUAUCGGAGGAAAAUGGAUCACUUCCGGACAAACCUCAAGAAGGAGCGACUUCUCGAAGAUCGCUACAUGGAGAUAGACAGGGAAAACCGCGUGCUUCUGAAAAAGAUGUCGGAGGCUAUGCGCAAGCCCAAUCCAUACGUGGUUGAGAAGAAGGAGGAGAAGCCUCCUUCCUUGAACCGAUCUGGCCGGAAGAUGGAGAUGAUCAGGAUCACCAAAGACAAUGCUCGGCUUCUCAAGUCAAUUCAGAAG